CUGGCCAGUUGCGCUCGACCUGCAUCCAUCCCCAUCCACACGACCUAGCGCUCGUCCCCAUGACCUGCAUCUUGACCUAGCCGCCGCCGUCGACGGAAGCCGCCGCCGGUCCCGAGCAGCCUCUCCGCCGCUGGUCCCCCACGCCCCCCCAUCCCACAUCCCCACCGGACCCGAGCAGCCGCAGGUGCCCGUCCCACCGGACACGAGCCGCAGCUGCCGCUCCCCGCCCCGGCGGUGGAGUGGCUGGUCUCUGCCGUGGCCCCCUCCCCACGCGGUGCCAGCAGGAUGGCGCCGCCGGCUGCCACAUCUGCAUCGAUGGGAGCACCGCAGCAAGCACCCCCAAAGGCGCCGGCGGAUGCCAGAUCGGUGGCGACGGGAGCACAUCAAGUACCGGCGGCAACCCGAAUGGCGACGGAUCCUCCUCCUUGGCUCCCAGCAGGCACUGAUCUAGUUUCUCAAAUAAAUGAGGAUGCUGGUCCAAGUUCUAGUUUAGUGAGAUCUAUCAAGGGUUCUAAAGAACCAAAACAUGCUUCUGGGGAACAAAAGGAAAAAUCUAAGAAGAGUGCGCCGCGAAAGGGAAAGGGUAAGGCUGCCAAAGAGAAGAUUGCCUCACGAGUUGUUGCUAUUGGAGAGCAGACACCAAAAGGCAAAGAAAAAUGCAGCGAAGUUGCUCCACAUGAUAGCCCAGCCAUGGGUACAAGAAGCAAAAGGGCAUCUCAUAGCCCAGCUAUGAGCACUAGGAGCAAAAGAGCACCUGUUAGAUUGGACUUGUAGUGUGUGCUCUGUUUCGGUGUAUGUUUGACAUUAAAACAUGUUGAGACCUCUCUGUUUUGUGUUGUGAUGAACCAAUAUGGUCUUGUGACAACUUUGAUGUUUGUGAUGGUAUAUUGCUCAUGAGAUGCAAAUUGUGAUUC